AUGGCGGUGGAGCCUUGUCGCCUGCACGGUACGAUCUGGCCGAUGGAUGUUCAGAGCGCCUGCUUGCAGCCUGAGCCUGACUUUGAUUUUCAGGACUUUCGUGAGGCGGUGGAUAGCUUCAUAUGCGAUCCAGCCUCUCUGAUGCCACCUCUGCUAGACCCUGCUGAUUUCUCUUUCCCUGUGGAUGAUGGAAGACCAUUCAGCCCUUGCUUUGAUCCCUCAGUGCAGAUUGAUCCUGCCUCACACACAAAUGCAGAAAACGUAUCUUUCAUUGAGCAGUACUGGAAGGACUUGGCAGACCAUAACCAGAAGGCACUAGGGGAUGCACUUGAAGAAAACAGUCAGCUCCAAGUGACGCUGAGCCAAAAGCAAGAAGAAAUUGUAUCCCUGAAGGAAAGGAAUAUACAACUGAAGGAACUAGCCAGUCAAGCAAAACAGCUUGCCUCUGUGCUGGAUAAGCUGAUGAUCCCGCAAUGCAGAGAACGCGCAGACGUCUCCCUCGGCAAUGGCAACAACAAGAGAUGCCUCAAUGAGAUGUCCGUCGCUGAGCAAGAGGAUGACAUGGAAGUGCAUGACAUUUUGCGGGAAAUAUCAGGCAAGUGCAAUGCAGCCUUGCAGUGCAUUGACGACAGAGGCCCAAAGCGCCAGCGUGGGGAGAAUGAUACUGUCCAGAUGUAUGGAGCUUUCCGAGGGUUGCAGACCUGCAGCAAUCAUCACUCCUUGGACUUGAGUGGAAGUGAACUGGAGGAAGAGGCGUCCUUCAGGACAUCCAUCCAAGAGCAUAGUAAUAUCCGAACCUUGGCCUUUCCUCAGGGCAAUGCGUUUACUGUCAGGACAGUUACUGGAGGCUAUAAGUUUAGAUGGGUCCCCAGCUGAUUAAAGAAGGAAGCAAUCAGCUAACUACACUUGCCUCACUUUCCAGUGACCUCUCGCCAAAGUUCUUCUAAUGGUCCUGCUUCCAAGGGUUUCUGCUCACAUGCUCCGUACAUUGUCCACUACUGCUA